GCGGAAGUGUUAUGUCUGCAUCCUCUCUGGUUCACAGCGGUGAAGUAAACAAACGAUCUCAGACCCUGCCUCCAAGGAAAUAAAAGAGUCUCCAAACAACCAGGUCUGGUGGUUAUGGAGAAUUAUGGACAACCUGGCAGCAAAUAAGAGCCACAUACCCUGUCAGUCGUGGGCGGGCCAGAAUGGCUGGUCCACAACUUCAACGCAAGGAUCCCUCUUCAACCCGCUGGCCAGCUCUCAGCAUCUCAGCCUGGGCUCGUCUUCUGACCAAAGACCCUCCUACAACCACCUGCAGGCGCCCAAUCUGAGCUGUAUGAACGACAUGAGCACCUUAUCAUCCCCUCAUCACUCUGCCCUGUACAAAGCCUCUCACAUUAACAACAAUUCGUCAUCCACUACGCUGUUUGCAAACACUGCUAUCCCGAGUUCUUCUCACAGUAUUUCCUUCGCUCAGCAAAGCCCUCACACUUCAUCAAUGCUGUUAAAUGCAAACCAAGGCAUAAACAUUCCCCAAACAAACCAAGUUCCACAGCCUUGUAGGCCCCAACAUCUGCCACUCCUGCCACCCCAUGACCAUUACAAAGCAUCAGUUCAACCUCCAUUAACCAAUCAGGGUUUACCAAACGGACUGCAGGAUCUUCCCAUUAGCCUGUCAUCAUGUGGACAACGUGAGCAGCAUCAGUGGAUACCUUCCUCACACUGCAGGGGAGCCGUAAACGACUCUGAUGCAACUGCUCAUCCUAACAAAGAGUCAUCGCAAGAGGGAAACAUUAAUCCACUGGCCAGCAGUGAGGGACAGCGUUCACUACUUUUACAUCAGCGUGCACAACUACUACAACAGCUGGCAGAGCUGGAUAAACAUCUGGAAUCAAUACCUCCAGAUGACAGUAGUAAUGGGCGGGCUCCACACACAGCUGUUCAGCCACAGCCUGCAGUGGAUUGUGAUGACAAAGAUGAGACCUGUGACGCACCAGAUGAUCCAAUGUCUACAGCUGAAUCUGUGAAAAAGAAAGAAAAAAGAAAGAAAAGAAAAAACUCCUCAGCCGAGUCAGAGGACGACAGGGAUCCUGAUUACCUUCCUAAUAAUGAUGAUGAGCACUCUGAUUACCCAUCUGAUCCUGACGGUGGCUUUUCGGAUGGCUCUGAUCACAGCAGGCCCUCAACACCCACUGAUGAAACGCCUUCUCUGCCAGGGAAAAAAAGGGCUAAAUCAGGGAGUUCUUCAUGUGAAGCUGAAAGCGCCAGUCCUCCGAAACAGAUACAAGCAAAUAAGCAGAAGAAGUCAGAAACCGUAGUGCUGCCGACUUCAAAUACUAAAAUAAAACGUGUUUAUGACAGGAGGAAUUACUGCCCAUUUUGUUCUAAGCCAAUAUCCAAAAUGGCACGACAUCUGGAGUCGAUCCACAGCGACAAAAAAGAGGUUGCAGCCGCUUUUCAGUAUCCCAAAAGUUCCAGAGAAAGACAAAAAAUAUGGAACAGACUAAUAAAUCAAGGAAACUUUGCUCAUAAUAAAAAUGUCCUGAAAUCCGGGAAGGGCCAGCUUGCUGUACGAAAAAGACCAAAGCACACUGGACAAGCCCAAGACUUUAUUCACUGCCUUUACUGUCGAGGCCUUUAUGUGAAGAACGCUUUGUACAGACACAUGAGGCUGUGCCCAGAGAAAGCGAGGAAUGGAAAUGAAUCAAAGAUCGGAAGACCACGUAUCGCAUUGCGAUGUGUGCUUGAAACUUCAGACGACCUUGACGUAACUGACGGUUUUAGGAGCGUUCUGGCACAGAUGACCUACAACGAUGUCACACGAGCUGUCAUGGAUGACAAGGUUAUCUUGCAGUUUGGUGAACUCUUGUAUAACCAGCACGGAUCUGAUGUGAGGAAGCACGACUACAUAAGACAAAACCUUCGUCAGAUGGCGAGACUUGUACUUGAAGCCCAGAAAGUAACUCCUCUGACGAAACUGGAGGACUUCUUUCUCCCUUCAAACUUCCCACAUGUGGUGGCUGCAGUGAACGUCCUGGCAGGUUACAAUCCAGAAACCAAAUCUUACACCAUUCCUUCCCUUGCCAUCAAGCUUGGCUACCACCUACAGAAGACCUGUAGCAUUGUUGAGGGUAACGCAGUUAAGUCCGGGGAUGAACGUUUGGCAGAGGCUGCACGAAACUUCCUCUCUGUGUAUCAGAAAAAAUGGAACAAGUUGAUUUCUUCGGGUGCAUUAACGACACUCAGAAAGACUAAAAUAAAAAAGGAGAAGAAGGUGCCGUUUGCUGAAGAUGUAAAACGCCUGAACUUCUACAUGGAGUACAUUCAUCCUCUCACUGAGGAAAAACUCAGAGACAGUCCCUCUUCAGAAAACUAUGCCGCUCUGGCCAAGGUAUUACUGGCUCGAACAAUCAUCUUCAACAGGAGAAGUGCCAGAGAGGUAUCGUCGGUGCAUCUAACAGCUUUUAUGUCACGGAAAAAGUCAAGCGUGCAGACUGGCAUGGACAUUUCUGUGUCAGAUUUGGAAAGAAGGAUGUGUGGGCUCUUCACCAGAGUUGACAUACGAGGAAAGUGUGGGAGAAUGGUCCCUGUUUUACUAAAACCAUCAUUCGUGUCUUCCUUGGAGUUUCUCGUAGAAGUUCGCGAGACGUGUGGAGUCCCCAGUAAGAAUCCUUACCUGUUCGGUCGACCAAGCUCGCUCUCUUCCUACAAUGGGUCAGAGGCCCUCCAGAAAUACGUCAAAGCAUGUGGAGCUAAAAACCCUGAAGCGCUGACUUCACCAAAGAUCAGGAAGCAUUACACAACAAUGCUACAGAUGAUGAACCUGGAUGAAGAUGAGGCUGACCAAAUUUUAGGCCCAAAUAAUCAAGUCCGAAGGCUGCGACAGGACAGCAGCAUGCACCUGGAUGACGCCCAAAUGGGGUCUGAUGAGAGAUUACAAACUGCAUCAGGACAACUUGCAUCAUGGGAUCACAGUGAGCAUCCCAGUGCACACUAUGGUGCUAACAUGACUGUACCUUCAACAUCUAGAAAAUCAGGCAAAAAAGGCGCCCAAAGUCAGGGCAAACAUAAAUGGGACGAAGAAGAGGUUCUUGCUGUGGAAAGACACCUGAUGAGUUUAAUUCAGGGACACAAGGUGCCUCAGAAAAACGACUGCAUUCAGUGUCUCGAGGCUGAGCCAGAAGCACUGAGGAACCGUUCAUGGAAAGGUGUAAAGGACUACGUCAGAAACAGGAUCACUGCCCUGAAAAGACAAAGCACAACUUCCAACAAAGAGUAACAGUGGAAACACUUGCCCUGGGCACUGGACAUGUUCAGCAGUUUUAGAUGUGCUGUUUUGUUGGUGCAAGUUUUCUCUCUACCAUUUUAUCGUCCUUCACCACCCUCUGUUUAUCUUUGUUUAGGAUCCAUCUGUUCCUUUUACAACAUUGUAAGUGUUUCCAUUCAGUAAGAUGGCCGAGAAUAGACUGAUAUUUGAUCAUUUUUAUGUUGGUGCUGUAUGGUUUGCAGUUGUUGUCAUUAAUCAUUUUAACUUGUAUAAUUACAGCAUAUUUUUCACUUUUCAGAGACAGCUCAUACAUACUGACGAAUUAUGCGUUAUACAGACUCAUCUGAUGGUUAAUUCUUACGUUUUUGGAGCUGUAAGUUAACUUCUGUGACUAAGUCAUUUGGUAUACUGUAUUUUGUUUGACUUUGUCGACAAUUUACCACAAUUAAAGGUGCCAAGAAUAAUAUUCUAGCAAUUUAUCUGUGAACAAAAAUAUUGGUUGCUUGUAUUCCAUUCAUGAAAUUGUUAACAUGUAUUUCAGAGAUUUGUGCCCCGUCAGGCCUCAUCUCUUGCAUGCAUGUAUGAAAGAAAAACCCAAAGUCAGUGGUGGAAGAUGUAAUCAGAUAUUUGACUUGGUAGCAGUAACACAUUCAAAAGUUUACUGAUGUUAAAAUACAAAAGUAUUAGCAACACAUUGUACUUCAACUAUCAAAAGUAUUCACAAGGCUGCAGAAUUGCCCCGUGUUAUACUGUCAUAUUCACUUUUUUUUUUAUUACUAA